AUGCAGGACGAGAAGUUCAAGGUCAAGUUUGGCAACUCCAGAGUAGAGCGGCCCAAAGUUCUUCUGCCGCUUUCCUACGGCAGUUCGUCGCUGGCGCUGCUCGAUAUGGUCAUUUCGCAUUUGGAAGAACAGUGCCAGAAUGAGAGGGCUGUUCAGGGCUACGUUUUGGUGGUGCUUCACGUGGGUGAGGACACUGCGCGGAUGGAGCGACUGAGAAAGAAGUACUCGCGCGUACUGGAGAGACUGGAAGUGCAAUUUGUGACGGUGGAUCCAGCGGUGUUUGUGCGGGACCUUGCCAAAGUGGCGGUGACAGAUGAGUACGCUGUGCACCGGACAGAAAAUAGCGAGUCUCUAAAUUUGCAGGAGCUGUUGCUCCAGUUCGAUAGCCGGUCGUCGCGGCAGGAUUUUUGGCAGCAGGUUGUCCAGGAAGUGAUUUUCCGCAGUGCAGUGGCGCAUGACUGCUCAGUGGUGAUUUUUGGCCACUCAAUGAGCCGUUUGGCAGAGGAAAUCCUUGCUCUCACCGUCAAGGGCCGCGGCUCAGAGACCGCACACCGUCUCACAGACGGGACAAUGGACUACGUGGGAUGCUCCUUGCAUGUGAUACAUCCGCUGCGAGAGGUUUUGGCCUCUGAAAUCAAAGAGUAUGUGAGAUUCAGCGGGUUGCAAGAAAUGGUUGCAACUGAAGAGUCCGUGAAGCACAAGUCUGCGAAAAAUAAGACAGUCAACGAGCUGGUGUGCGAGUACUUCGAAACGGUCGAGAGCGAGUACCCGGAGGUCAUUUCGACGGUAGUCAAGAUCGGCACAAAACUCGACUCGCCGCAGGGCAUGGCACAGCAAUGUAUAUUGUGCCAGGAAGCGGUUUAUCGCGACCCCAAGACGUGGCUAGAGCAAAUGUCCGAGAGCGCGAAUAAACAGGCCCAGAGCGAUGUGCCGCUGUGCUACGGGUGUCUGGUAAACGUGGGUGUAGGCGGCGGGGCGGUGUGGCCGGUGAGUCGGCCGUCGAGGGAGGAAAUUCUGGCAGAGUAUAUUUUAGAGGAAUAA